AUGUACUCGAUCUGCCAUUUCUUGCGCUCUCCCCCACGAUCGCCGGCCUGCUCCCGCCACCUUUUCGUGUUCUGCUUGUCGUUAGCCGCUGCUUUUUCGAGGUUCCUUGCGCCCAAGGAUCCAGGCUGGAUUCAGGACCAGCUUCUUGAAAGGCAGGGGGCGCCCUCCUUACCCGCAUACAUACCAUCCUGCACCCACAUCAGCUACAUUGAGGGUCCAGCCACUGGUGGAUAUUAG